UAUGCAGAGUAGAGAAAUAGAGUGUCUAGAGACGACUCUGUGAGAGUAAAGACGAGACUACCGAAGAUCGAUGGCGAUUCAACUAGAAAACCAGUUCUAUACAUCAAAUUUCAAAUUGAAAUACAAACCACAAAACCCCCACUUAAUCAAAUUCAAUCGUUCUCUAUGUAUCCAAGCUGCAGCUUCAAUCAGUGGCAAGAAACUCGUUCAGUCAGGUACAGUCAAAGCCAUAUCUCCAAAAGAAGCUAUACCUGUGAUGAACAAUGAAGGGUUUUUAUUACUCGACAUUCGACCGAUUUGGGAAAGGGAGAAAGCACACAUACCAGGAACACUACAUGUGCCACUGUUCAUAAAAGAUGAGGAUUACUCGAUUUUAACACUCUUAAAGAAAUGGGUUCAUUUCGGGUACAUCGGUCUUUGGACUGGUCAAAAGUUCACCACCAUUAAUCCUACAUUUCUCAAUCAAGUUGAGUCGUCGGUACCGAACAAAGACGAAAAGCUCCUUGUAGUUUGUGGAGAAGGUCUAAGGUCACUGAUGGCUAUCUCGAAACUGCACGAAGGAGGUUAUCGCAAUUUAGGAUGGUUAAUCGGAGGAUUCAACCAAGCUAAAGUUGCCGAUUUUCCGUCCGUUGAAGGUACCGAUAAGAUACUACAAUACGCGACUAUAGGAGGUGUCUCGUAUUACUUUCUGCAAUUGCUUAAUCUCAUAGAAUCCGUGGGUAAGAAGGAUUCAUAAUUGAAAACAAAAUUCAUUCGGAAGGUUCAUGAUUAAAACCUUCUAAAUUAUAUUGUUUUUUGGCCUUUAAGCAAUGAAAGUUUAUAUUGGUUUUUAGUACUAAAACUUCAAGAAUUUUGUAUGGACAGUAUGAUAGACAGUCAUCAUUA